CGUCUCGCAGUCACUCCGCUGUGUUGGUAUACGUGUCUGUUGAACACAGGAAAUCACGGACCGGUCUCUGCUAGAGAUAAUACUGCCCUUCGCGAGAUCUCAUGAUGGAUGUCAUUGCUUCGCGGCCCAGUUGUAUCUAUCAGGACGGCCGACAAGAACUCGUUUCGCCUCAGCCCAUACAUCUACUGCCCCUACCUAGCCGGAAGAAAAAACCUCGACUCAUGUCAAAGGCUGCUCACCUCUUACACCAUGGAUUACAAGCCAGUGAGCAUGCUCCUGCGCGAGAUGUAGAUUGCAGGAUCUACCAGGAACGCGUCUCCGGUUUGGCAGCAACACCGCCAGGUCACCACAAUGAUUAUUCUGAAUGCAUCCACAAAUGGCUAGAGCGAAGCACGAGAGGUUCAGAUUAUGGACAGAAAGCCAAUCUGUCCGAUUCUGCCAGUACCAGAACACCUCUUACACCUGGGCAAUUUUCAGAUGCUCAUUCUGUCCAUACUGCUGCAGCCCCGCAAAUACCAGAAUUCAAUUUCGGACCAGAUCCACAAGAGCUGGCCAAUCGACUGGCCGCUUUAAUUCAGGAUGCCGCCAAGGAUUGCCCAUUGCCGCUGGUGUUUGGAGUCACGGCCAUCACUGCCACUUCGCCUGCAGUCCGUCAACCUGUUCGUCCAUGGUGUCUGCAAAGGCGGAUGCCACUACGGAAUCGCGCCGCAGAUCCUCUGGUCUUCUACGGCCUUCCGGAGCACACGCAAUCUACGUGUAAUAGCGUACGCAAGGAAGAGGUUCGUCCAGUGGCAGUGUGCUCGCCUCCAAGUGACCCAUCACAGCCUGCGCGGACAGUGUCGAUGCCGCAGCGAUUGGCAAACAGCGCAGCGCACUCUUCGCACAGCGCACACAACCAUGCUGGGCGCGUGGUCACGAUCGAUGCAGAAGGCCAACUCUCGAAGAUGUCGCGGAUCAUCAGUUCCAUGGUAGAUGAUGCCGCAAUCCCACUUCGAUGUCGAGCGAUGGCGAAGUGCGUAUGGCGAGAAUGGCGAGAGUUCCUGCAAGUCAACGACGGGCAAAAGUUGUAUGCCAGCGAUCUUCUGAAGUCUCUGUCUUCCAGUUUUGAGCAGACAAUAAUCGACUAUGGCUGGGCGACGGACAUGCGGAGCUUGCCAACUACCUUUGUCGAGGUGAUGAGACGUACUGCAAGAGCAGCCAUCGAGGACGAGCCUUGCACUGCAGCACGCACGAACACACUAUAAUCGUCUCUCCAUUCAAGCAUACCACAACAGGGAAAAAGUACAUGUUCGCUUGAAUGUGGGUCGAGGAUGGCUUGAUAGGUACCGUAUAUAUGGAUAUCAGUCCCACUGUAAUCGUAAAACAUUAUUAUCAAAUACGUAAAUUUUUGCAUGAGGUGCGCGCCAUAGGUGAUAGAAAC